AUGGCGAAACAGCAGGUGGACCCUGGGGCUGGCACCACCAGUCAGCCGCAGCAGCCGCAGGCGGGCGGCGGCAGGGACCGGCUGCUGCGCCUGUCCAACCUGCCAGCCAGCAGAAGCUCGAGCGAGUCGGAGCGGCUGCGCUUUCUUGUGGGUAGCCUGCAACGGCUGAUCCCCAGCGUACGCGACCAGGCGCAGGUCACCAGGCGCGACCGACAGGCGCUGCAUGCGGUGCUGAAGCGGGUGCUGGGCGAGGCACCGCAGUACAAUGCCGCACACCAGGACGCCUUUGCGUACCUGCAGCAGCUGCUGCAGUGGGGCGCGCCAGCUGGCGCCACGCUGGGCAGCUGCAUCAUCCAGGAUACAGAUGGCAUUGAGGGCGGCCAGGCCAAGGCCGACCUGACUGUCGCGCACGCGGCCGGCUGCUUCCCGCACACGUGGGCUGUGCCGCUGGAGGCCGCCGCUGUCCAGGCAGCCAACAAGGCUAGGGUGGCGGCCUGGGAAAGUGACCCAAAGGCAGUGGUAGAGGAGGCGCUGCGGCUCGGCCUGCCUCCCAGGGGCAACCAGAAGCAGCCGGCUUCCACAGGGGGCCGUUGGAAUGCGGCAGAUACGGUCCGCAAGGCGAGCGGCAGCAGCGGGGCAGCCGCUGGCGGCAGCAGCAGGCAGGGCUUGGCCGCCAGCACCGAGCCUGCCCCGCCAUUUGCAGCAGCAGCAGCGGCGGCAGCGCCAGCAGCGCGCCUCGUCCGCUCCAGAUCUCAGGCUGCACCAGCGGCCGCUGCUGCAGCUCCAGCACAGCAGCAUCAGCAGCGCAAAGCGUCUGGUGAUAGGCCCAAGCAGGUCGCAGCAGCACCAGCUGCGGCAGCUGAGGUGCCGCCGGCGUCCGGCAGGUGGAAGUGGACCAUGGACUCUGAAGGCUGGUUGCGCUGCAGCCUGAACGCCACCGCCUGCCACAAGCACCGCAGGAAGCUCGGCCUGCCAGCUCGCGUGUUUGAAAAGCUCACUGGCGAGGCUGCUACAGACAAGACGACCAAGGGCGGCGCUUUCGCACAGUGGAUAGAAGACAAUGCAGCUCAGGAGGGCGAUGUGAUUGCCUUCAAGCGGCAGGGCAGCGGCAAGCAGGCCAAGCUGCUGGUGCGGCACAUUCUGGCGGGCGAGGCGGGCGAGGCGGUAGCCUGGCCCGGCUCCAAGAAGCAGCGGCGCAGCAGCGAGACAGAUGCCGCCUCCCCAUACCAGGGCCCUUAUGCUGUGGAGCAGGAGCAGCAGCAGCAGGGAAAGCAGCAGAAGGGUGUGCCGGGGGCAGGGGCACAGCCGCGAGGGGAGGAGCUUUCGGGAUGCCGCAUAGAAGUGUACUGGGAGGAUGAUCGUGCAUGGUAUCCUGGCACAGUGGUGUCGCUCUUCCCUGACGGGAGGCACAAGAUUCUCUACGAUGACAGAGAUGAGCGGACCGAGAAGCUGGUGCCGGGAGGCCGCAACCCCCAGUGGCGGCUGGAGCAGGCGGGCAGGCCGCAGGAGCAGCAUGGGCGCGGCAAGCAGGGCCCGCCUGCGGCGGGGCGCAAGCGGGCACAGGCCGAGCAGCAGGCGAAGCAGGAGGGUGGGCGGCGCAUGGCCCUGCCAGCUGAGCUGGGUGGGGGUGUGCCGCUGCAGGCAGAGCAGCCUGCCAGCAAGAAGCAGCGGCGAGAUGGGCCGGCAAAGGCACAGGCCCAGGGGGCUGCCGGCCAGCAGGCAGCGGCGCAGCAGCAGCGCCCACCCAAGCGGCUCGCUGCUGAGGUGCAGCUGCUGGUGGGGGGCGGCGCUGAGCUGGACCUGCAAGCCGCGCCAGCCGUUGCAGCACCCGCGCCAGCCGUUGCAGCGGCCGCGCCUGCGCCCAAGGCGGCUGCUUCACGGCCGCCCAAGGCAGCAGCGCCCUCGCUUGCACCAGUGGCGGCGCAGGCGGCGCAGGCGGCUGCCGCCCAGGGCGUCCCGCGCCAGGCCAAGCGGCCCAGGCCUGGCGCUGCAGGCCAGCCCGCGGCAGCUGCAACAGUUGCCUGGCCGCUGCAGCCGGCAGCGGCGGCAGCCACUCCAGCGCAGCUGGUGCCUGCCCCGGCUCGCUGCUACUGGCUUGACCGCGAAGGAAUCCUGGGCGAGGUGCUGCCUCGAGACGCCAGGGAGCAUCGGGCCAAGUGGGAGGCGCUGGCUGGCGGCGUCGAGGUGGGGUGCUGCCACGAUUGCCAGGGGCCGACCUACAAGCUGCCGUGCACGAGCGGGGUCUGCAGCAAGACGUACUGCCCCAGGUGCAUCGGGCUGUACCGCUACGUACUGGACUUUCGCCCAGGCCACCCCAACUACCGCCUGCGCCUCGACUUCUGCCGCGGCGUCUGCCCCUGCUGCCUGCGCAUCUGCGUCACGGCCAAGUGCCGCUGCAAGACGCUCAAGGAGCUGGGCGGGGCGCCGCCGGAGCCCAGGUUCAGCACCAGCCAGCAGCUGAUGUUUGCCUACCACCUGGCCCACAAGCUGCUGCCGCAUGUGGAGCGCAUCAUGGCGGCGCAGCAGGAGGAGGCUGCGGUUGCAGGCACCGACCUGCUGGCCGUGCGAGAGGCACGGAUUGGGUACUGGCACAACCGCCGCGCUCCACACUCGGAGCGUGCGCUGUGCAACCUGUGCGGCACCUGCCUGGAGAACUUCCACUACCACUGCGCUAAGUGCGAGGACGACCUGUGCCCCGCGUGCGCCAGGGAGCGGCGGGCGGCGCACGGCGGCGGGCCGGCGGCGGCGGCGCAGGUCAUGUGCGAGUGGUGCGACGUCCAGAUGGAGCCCAUGCGCUUCCUUCCCGAGGAGCAGCUGCGGCAGCUGCUGCAGGCGCGGCAGCUGCUGGACGCAGCCCUGGGCCGCACCGUCAGCGGCGCCGCAGGGCGGGCCGCCCGGCUGCGCUGGCUGUGCGAGGGCCCGGACGGCGGCGGCGGGGCCAGCGGACAGACACGGUGGCGCGUGGUGCCGGAGGGUGUCGAUUGGAUGCGGCAGCUGGAGCUAUUGGCGCAGCACAGCGCAAGGCACCCGCCGCCCCCGCAGCUGCCGCCUGCGCCGGCUGCAGCGCCGCCACUGCCGCAGCACGAUCAGCAGCUGCAGACACUGGCGGAGCAUUUGCACGCGGUGGCUUUCCAGCGGCAGUCCAUGCAGCAGCAGCAGCCCAUGCAGCAGCAGCAGCAGCCCAUGCAGUGGCUGCAGCCGCAGCAAUGCCAGUGCCUGCAGCCGCCGCCGCCGCCGCCGCAGCAGCAGCAGCAGGGGGCGGCUCCAGCUCUGGCGGCAGAGCAGCGGCAGCAUCUGCUGUGCGCCCAGCAGCCAGCGCCCAACGGCCUGCUCGCCAGCGGCAUCUUGCCCUCAGGCAUGAGCGGCAGCUCGCUUCCGGCGCGGCCUCCAGUGCCCACCCCUGCCGAGCUGCAGCAGCGGCAGCAGCAGGAGCAGCUGCAACGGCAGCAGCAGGAGGCGCAGCAGCAGCAGCAGGAGCAGCGGCAGCGGCAGCAGCAGGAGGCGCAGCAGCAGGCGCAGCAGCAGCAGGAGCAGCAGCAGGGGCAGCAGCAGCAGCAGCAGGAGGAGCGGGAGCAGCAGCUUCUCCCAAUCACUGAUAUAUUGGAGAAGAGUGAUGCACUUGCAAAUGGGUGGAGCUCGCAGGGUGUGCUGCCCCACCAGCCUGCGCUGCUGCCACAACACCAGCACAAUGGCGUGCACUCGCUGCCACAGCAUCAGCACAAUGGCCUGCACCCGCUGCUGCAGCCGCAGCACCACAACAGCCUGCCGCCACUGCUGGAGGCGCAGGCUCCCUCUAGGGAGCCCACGCCGCCCGUGCCGCCGCAGCACGCCGAGCCGCCUCAGCUGCAGCAGCAGGGGAUGGGGCAGCAGCAGGCGCAGGUGCAGGCCAAUGGUGUGGAGGGGCGCCCCAAGCGCUCUGUGAAGGAGAGCUGGAAGAUGCGGGAGAGUCGGGAGCCGAGCCAGGCGUCAGAGGAAGAGGAUGCGGGGCUGCGUGCCAGCAGCAGGGCACGCAUCUCGGCAACACUGCAAGCGGUGGCGUCACGCGGGCCAGCGCCGCAGGCGGGCUGGGCAGCGGCAGAGGAGGCGGAGGAGGCGCUGACAGACGAAGAGCGGGAGAGGCGCCAGUUCUGGUGGAUGCAGGAGGGCCUGCCGGAGAGCGAUGUGCGCCUCGCAUCCAACCGCGGCGUGCAGGACUUCAUCUGGACGCCGCACGUCAGCGAGUUCAGCCCUGGCCACCCCAACUAUGAACGCACCGUGAGGGUCUUCCAAAAGGUGUGGGGGCGGGGUGAGCCCAUAGUGAUGCGCGGCCUGUCCGGGCAGAUGGGAUGGACACCUGAGGGCCUGGGCCGCGUCACCAAGCUGACCGUCGUGGACUGCUCCAACUUCUCGCCCGACAAGUAUUGGGGGAUGACGCCGCUGCCCAUGCUGAAGCUCAAGGACUUUCCUCCCACCUCCGACUUCCGCCGCGUGCUGGCCCGCCACCACGAUGACUUUGUGGCCAUGCUGGGCAGCUGCAUGCCCGCUUACUGCCACCCCACACACGGCCCGCUCAACCUGGCCACUCUGCUGCCCUGGUACACCAAGCUUCCGGACCUGGGGCCCAAGGGCUACAUCGCCUAUGGCAGGGAGGAGGAGCACGAGGGCGAGGGCGACAGCGUGACCAAGAUGCACGAAGACCUCAGCGACGCCAUCAACAUCAUGAUGCACACCCAGCACCGCCACGGGCAGGCCCCCGGCCCGCCGCGCUGCGGAGACCAGCCACACGAGGAGAGCGACGCCAGCUACGGCGGGGCAGGAGCGGUGUGGGACCUAGUGCGGCGCUGCGACCGCCCGUGUCUGCGCAGGUUCUUCCAGGACGCGCUGGAGGGCCGCAUCCCGGGCUGCCCGCCGUUUGUGCACAAGGGGCAGCCGCUGCAGGCGGGGGCGGUGCUGGACGUGAUGCACGACCAGUGCUUCAUGCUGACGCGGCGCCACCGCGAGCUGCUGGCAGCGCCGCCGUACCGCGUGCACACAUGGCACGUCGAGCAGUACGAGUGGGAGGCGGUGUGGAUCCCGGGCGGCUGUCCGCACCAGGUGCGCAACCUGCGCAGCAGCAUCAAGGUUGCGCUGGACUUUGUGAGCCCCGAGGCGGUGGGGGAGUGCAUGGUGCUGCGGGAGGAGUUCAGGCGGUCGGCCAUGAAGGAGCUGGCACUGUGGCAGGCAGACAACCCUGGGCAGCGCGAGGCCGACAUCGGCACCCGCCACUUUGCCGACAAGCUGCAGAUCGGCAACAUGGUGCUGCACGGCUGGCUGGCCGCGCUGGGCCUGCUGGAGGGGGCGGCGGCGGGGCUGGCCGCGCUGCCGCCGCUGCCGCCGCCGCUGGAGGCGCCAUACGAGGACUUCGAUGUGUGGGAGGCAGAAGUGGAGGGGCAGGGCUAG